CAGCUCUGCUGGCCCUCAGAGCUGACUAGAUUCCUUUCUCAGUAGCCGACAUUCUGGAUGUCCAAUCAAAGAGGAGAGGCCAAGAAACAUAGAAGAAGAAGAAUGACUAAUGAGGUUAUGGUCAAGAUUUUGUUUACUCUUAAUAUUUUUUCACAUUUCAAACGAAAGUUGUCCAGGAUUUUAGUAUUUUACGUAUUUUAAAUGCACCAGCAUCUUCAAUUUGAGUUCAACUCGUCGAUAAAAUGGUGACAUCGAUCGGCUUCGAAGGCAGCGCCAACAAACUAGGCAUAGGCAUCGUCAGAGACGGCGAAAUCCUUUCGAAUUGCCGCCGAACGUACAUAACGCCCCCCGGCGAAGGAUUCCUGCCGAAAGAGACGGCCCAGCACCACAAAGACAACGUGCUGGCCGUGUUGAAAGAGGCCAUGGACCAGUCUGGUCUGACGUGGAAAGAUAUAGAUGUGGUCUGCUAUACCAAAGGGCCGGGAAUGGGGGCACCUUUGGCCACUGUGGCUAUUGUCGCAAGGACGGUGGCUCAGCUAUGGAAUAAACCCUUACUGGGGGUCAACCACUGCAUUGGUCACAUUGAAAUGGGCAGACUCAUAACUGGAGCCAAGAACCCCACCGUGCUCUACGUCAGCGGUGGCAACACUCAAAUCAUAGCCUAUGCUAGAAAGAGGUACCGAAUAUUCGGCGAGACCAUCGACAUCGCGGUAGGAAAUUGCCUGGACAGGUUCGCCAGGGUGUUGAAAAUUCCGAACGAUCCCAGUCCCGGAUACAACAUCGAGCAGCUGGCGAAGAAGGGGAAGAGGUUCUUGCAGCUGCCCUACUGCGUCAAGGGCAUGGACGUCAGCUUCUCGGGGAUAUUGUCUUACAUGGAGGAGAAGACUGACAGUUUGUUGGAGGAUGGAUGGACACCGGAGGAUUUGUGUUUUUCAUUGCAGGAAACGAUAUUCGCCAUGUUAGUGGAAACGACCGAACGCGCCCUCGCCCAUUGCGGAUCUAGCGAAGUCCUCAUCUGCGGCGGCGUCGGCUGCAAUGAGCGCCUGCAACAGAUGAUGGGGGCGAUGUGCGCAGAGAGGGGCGGCGCGCUCUUCGCCACCGACGAGCGCUUCUGCAUCGACAACGGCGUAAUGAUAGCGCACGCGGGCGCCGAGAUGUUCAAGGCGGGCGUCGCGAUGCCGUGGCAGGAGGCGGGAGUGACGCAAAGGUACAGGACGGACGAGGUGGAGACGGUGUGGAGGACGGAUUGAGAAGAGUCGGAGGGUUCCUCAACCAUGCACUCUGUCAACCCCAAUGAAUGAAAUGUUGGAGACCCCCCAAACGAUUGGUGAUGAUGAUUUGUGAGAAAUGUUUAUCUGAAAAGGAGAUUGUUGCCGUAUUGGUUGAAUGAACUGCUGUAUUGAAAUCAAUUUGUUGUAAUAAAAUUUUA